CAAAAAAAGAGUUACAGUUAAUGUUGUCAGCAACAAUAAUUGCACCUGUGUGCUAUUCUUCUGCACAAACAAUAUAAAAAAAUUCUGCUAAGACACAAAGGCUAAACAGCAAAAAGGAAAAUAGGAUACAAUAACACGAUUAACAUUAUUAUCAACAACAACGACGACAAUAAAAAGAAAAGGAAUGUGGAUGCAAUCUCGACUGUGCUGAGUUUCCUUGAGCACCUGAACGCAGCACGAGAACUCCGGAGGAGAGUGAAAGAGAAGGAGGAGGGGAGGAGGAUGUAGAGGAGACAGACCGAAGGGAAGCAGCAUGAAGAAAAUACCCGGUAUCUAGGCUGUGAGACGGGAGAGCAUCUCUUUUUCUCUCGCUGAUUUCAAGAGAACUGAAAGCGGUGGAUGUGAGAAAAGGAUGGAGGAGAAGAAGAAAGAGUUCCUUUGUGGGGUGGUAGAAGGUAAGAACGGCCGACUGAAGGUCUGACCUCCCAUAACAUCACGUGUUAUUUUUUAAUAGACCACCGACUGACCUACAUUUAAGACCCACCAGCUCUUGUAAGGGGGGCGUGGGAGUGGGGUAAGUGGGAUUGAAGGUGAAGAUGUGCUGGUGAUCAGCCAAGCUCAGAGUGAUAAUCAGACAGACUGUGAGUGCCUGUUUCAAAGGCUGCUGUUUCUGCAAGGAAAUCCUCUGCUUCGAGGCUGGUGGUAGUAAAAUAAAAAAAUAACAAAACAAACAAAAAUAAAAAUAAAAACACGAUGAUGAUUGGAUGAUAGUUAUGGUAACAAAUAUGCAGAAGAAGAUGCUACUGUGAAGAUAGUGAUUAUGGUGAUGAUGAUGAAUUGGUUUUUGGCUGACAAAGCAAUUCAAAAAUGCUUCAGUAUAAAGUGACAAAGGAUGUGUGGAAAACGAAGUCUUGUAAUAAUCACAACAAUUAACAUAGAAACAUUAACUGGUUCAGUGACAAUCAUGAAUUGCUGGUAAAGUAAAUGUACAUUUAAGGACAACAUGCUCAGCGAUCCAUUGAUAAUAAUCAACAGCGUUUAUACUUAUAUUUAAGCAAUGUUUGUCCACAAAAUCAGAAAUAUAAGCACAAGUGUAAAAGUUCCUUUACCGAUAUUAUAAUUUUAAAAAAAUGGUUCCAUCAUUUGGGGGAGCUGUGUUCUGUUAAUCAGGAUUUUUUUCUAACCAUUACAAAUGAAUUAAAAAAAAAAUCAGAGCAAAUUUUUCCCCAAACCCAUUAAAAUCAUUAAACUAAAAUGAUUAAAGGAAUUUGGAAACUGUUUAAAACUCAUGUGUACAUUGUUUAUCCACACAUUUGAUGUUUUUAAACCAAUGUCGCAUUUAGAACACCAUAACCAGGUAAACGCCAUAGCUAGACAAAUGUACUUAAGACGUAACACAGUGGUUCCCAACCACUGUGCUGUAGCAUACCGGUGUGGCAUGAGAGAUCAUCAGGGGUACAGUGGAAAAUUAUACAAUAUGGGUUAAACAAAGAGAUGUGGUGCUGUCCAUGGUGUUGACAGACGGGUUACAUUAAGAAAAUCUAGCUGGAAAUAUGUGAUAAUAACAACAGGUAAUAUCAAAUGGAUUUUGGAUUUAAUUACUUAAAGAAACAGGUAUAGAUUUGUGAUCUUAUACUUGUGUGUAAUGUUAUAUGUAUACAGUACAUUUGUAUAUCUGUAUAGAACCCCUUGCUUUGCUUUGUGCUGGGGCAGUAUGCACUUUAAGUGCUUUUCUUUCACUACAGGGUUCUAUGGGAGACCUUGGUCUAUGGAUCAGAGGAAGGUUCUCUUUCACUGGAUGCAACAGUGGGGGCUGAACACUUACCUGUACGGUCCCAAAGAUGACCUCAAACACAGACUGUUGUGGAGAGAAGUCUAUUCUCCUGAGGAGGAAGCUCAGCUACGUACCCUCAUAAUGGAGGCCCAGUCGAGAGGCUUGAGGUUUGUUUAUGCCCUUUCUCCUGGUCAGGACAUCGUCUUCUCCUCCGCCUGUGACCUUACACUGCUCAAACGCAAACUAAGACAGGUAUCAGACCUGGGUUGCCAGGCAUUUGCCAUUCUGUUUGAUGACAUUGAUCACUCCAUGUGCCAGGCCGACAGCGAGGCCUUCUCUUCAUUCGCUCAAGCUCAGGUCACUGUAACCAAUGAGAUUUAUCGGUUCUUGGGGGAACCUGCUGUCUUCCUCUUUUGCCCAACAGAAUACUGUGGUUCUCUGUGUUCUCCCAGUGUAUCCAAAUCUCCUUACCUUCAGACUGUUGGAGAAGAGCUGCUGCCCAACAUCACAGUUAUAUGGACAGGCAGCAAGGUCAUCUCUCGAAAAAUGUCUGUAGACUGUCUGGCUGAAGUAGAGUCUGUCCUCCAGCGUCCACCACUCGUUUGGGACAACCUGCAUGCUAAUGACUACGACUCCAGACGCCUCUUCCUGGGGCCUUUCAAGGGUCGAGAAGCUCGGUUGAGGAGCCACCUCCGGGGGUUGUUACUCAAUCCUAACUGCGAAUUUGAAGCCAACUACAUUCCACUGCACACACUGGGGAGCUGGUACAGAUCUGGAGCGGAGGAGGAGAGAAAAGAUGAGGAGAGUGAGUAUUGUCCAGACAGAGCUCUGUCUGCUGCACUCCAUGACUGGAUGGAUGAACUAAACCAACCCCUCCAAGCAGGUAGACAGAGCUCACGAGCAGACCACCGUUCCUCAACGGCGUCGUCGGUGAGGUGCAAAACACCCGACAGCCCCUCCACAUUCAGAGUGACCAAUGUUGUGGCCAAGCUCCCCGUCUUCCCGCUAAACUCCAGCUCACCCCCGUCAUCACCCACUAAGCUCAAGGGAGAGACAGGUGGGCACGAUGGGGAGAAGAAAAGGUCAAAGCAAUCUUCUCAAUCCAACCCUCAACCACUAGGACCCCGGGAAGCUGGUGGCAAAGGACACAAAGUCCAGAGUCGAGGGGUCUGUGGUGGCAAGGGCCUGCUGAGUGAGGCUCAGGUGCGGCUGCUGGUUGGCCUUCAUUAUCUUCCCCAUGAACAUGGCCCGUCUGCACAGAAACUGCUCCAGGAUCUUACCUGGCUUAAAUCAAACUGCCAGUUAGUGAGUGCUAACAGUAAAAAGGCUCCUCAAAAGAUGGAUGAAUGGCGUGGCAGGGCCACCGGGUUCAUGACUCUGUGUGAUGAAAUUGCACAGCUCCACUGCAGCGUGGUGGGUGGGGCUAAUAGGGCCGUACUCUAUGACCUUUAUCCUUAUGUGUGGGACCUGAGGAACAUGGCCCUGGUGGCAAAGGCCUUUGUAUACUGGCUGGAUGGCCGAGUGUUGGGUGACAGCUCCACCCUAGGCUCCUGGAGGAACUGCUUACACUGGUGUGGGAAGACUUCUGGAGCAGAUUUACCAGGGAUGGAGUCAGAACCAUGGGUGUUCAAAGGCGGCGUGUCUGGAGAGGUGCAGAUGCUUCUCCCUACAGGCAGCAGCAGUGAGCUCUUCAGUCAUCCUCCCCCUCUCUUCCCUACAUCUCGACUCUACAACAUCAGGCCUUACCACAGCAGGGACAAGAUGGAGUUGUAUCGUAUGGUCCGCCAACUUCAGUUGAGGAUUAAAGGUGGCCCAGAAUCCAGUUUUGCUCACCCAGAUGUCGUAGGGGACCGCUGCCUGGGGCCAUGCCUGGCCAUGUGCCCAGAGUACAGUUUCAUCCUGGAGGAUGAGCUCGGUGUGUGCGGAUGUGUGCUGGGCAUCUUAGAUGUCCGUUCAUUUGCCAAGCGAUGCCAGGCCAGCUGGAUACCUGCCAUGAGAGACAAAUACCCUCCUAAAGGGGGCAACACGUACCCCAACACACAGGACCUGAUCCAGAUGAUGGAGGAGGACCAGGGGGAGUACCCGGACUCCCUCCUCUACCACUUCCCCUCUCAACUAAGACUGGAUGCUCUGCCUGAACUGGUGGACGUCAGCGUCAGCAGAACCCUGCUCACCGCCCUCCUCACUGCUCUCAAGGCAAAUGGUUCUCAGGGUGUGUUUUGUGAGGUGCAACCAACUGACCGUCAGAGGCUGGAGUUUUUGACCAAACUGGGCUUUCUGGAGAUCCUCAGGGGAGAGGCCAGGAGCAGAGAGGGAGUGGUGCUGGGGAGGCUCAUCUAAACAGAAAACAAAGCACUUACAUGGUCACACACAAUCGAACACACUUGCAGCACACAUACACACGCGGUGGACUCCAAAAGCAGGGAAUUGUAGUUUUUCUGCCAGAAAAAAAGUUUUUUGUUUUUUUUUUUGGACUCUUGGAUUUGUUUGUCUGGCAGUAAUGAAGAUAAACCCAUGUAUUUCUUAGGGAUUAACACAAUUGCAAAAUAUGCAUUGUAUGUAAACAUUCAGAGUUGUUUUAAACUGUCUAAGAUUCCACCCAAAUUGUAAAGGUUUAGCCACUUUAUAACACAACCAGCAACACAAUUGGCUUCACAUGGGCGUUAUAAUCAAUAUUCCAGAUAUCAGUCACAUGACUAAACCUUUUUAAAAAGGUAGUUUGGUGGUUAAAAAAAUACAAAAAGAACAACAUUUAACUUUGCAAUUUUUAUAAGUUCCUUAUUUUAUGUAAAAUGUUAAAAAUGUAAAAUUACAUGUUACAUUUUUAUGUACACAUUUUGAUUUUCUCUGUGCUACAUGUUAUUGCUCAACCAUUAGAAAACAUUUUAACAUAAAGAAAUUUAAAAAUUUAAAUACAGUGCCACUGUAUUUCUCUAAGAUGAUAUGAAAUAACCCUUGAUAAUAAGAUACUUUACCCUUUAAUGUAAAUGUCUUUAACUUCUUAACUGUUUUUAACUUAACUAAAAAUAACAUUUCUUUUGCUCCUCUUCUGCUGGUAAAGUUGUCCAUACCGUAGUUUGGCAUCACUGUUUACAUUUGGUUAUUUUAGAUGAAUGUUUACAUGCAUGAUUGUGUGGCUAGCCACAAAGUAAAAUUACUUGCACUGACGAAAACACCGACAUAAACAUAUCAUCUUAAAAAAUGCCUGCAGAAUGGCAUUUUCAAUGAAACUUCCAAUAGGCUAUCAAUAGCCAACAUAGCCAUAAUGUCUUAAGAAAAAAUAAAACAUGACUAAAGGAAUAGUUAACAGUAAUACAACUAAAUUAAACAACUGCAUGCACAUAAGUCGUCAAGACACACACACACAGAAAAAAACUUUACAGUGUCAUAAAGAUUCUGUGCAUGUAAUUGUACAAUAAACACAGACUUAUCUGAAGUUUACACUUAGAGUUAGUUUGUUGGGUUGAAUAUGAAUAGAUACCUCUGUCUCACUGCAGCACACUCACUGUUAGGUGCAAAACAAGUGUUUGGUAUUAACAUGUGAGUACACUUUGUAUGAGAAUAGCAACAGAUUACAGACGUGUGAUUCUGCCUUGACUUCAAACAACAAGAAAAACACAAUAACAAACACACACACACACACACACACACAUACAGAGACAAUAUAAGAAGCACAACAACAAUCACCAUCGAGUCUUCAAGUGAACGUUUGUAGAUCAAUGAAUGUUUAACAAAAAGACAACUGUAGUUUUGAAUUUUUCUCUCUUUUGUUUGUAACGCUUGAUUGGCCUCUGACCUGACAGCAGUUUUGUACGUCUUCAUCUGUUUCCAACCUUAUCACCACUGUCUGAAAAGUACGUUAUAACAAGAGUCUAGACCCAGCAGGAAAAAAUAUUUAGAUGUAAAAAGAUCCAACGUGAUGAUAUAGGGUAGAAAUGCAUGAUGUAAGGAUUUUGUUUUUUUUAUAGUAAAGAUGUUAGUGCGUGUUACCGAAAGUAGUAUAGAUGUUGUCACAUUUGAUAGUCUCUGUCAAAAAUGUGCUGAAGGCCCUGUGGAAAAAGAAAAACAAUAGCCUGUGGCUAAAAUAAUAUGCAUCAACCAAAAAAAAAAAACCCAAAAAAAAA